AGGGCCUUGGGCCAAUGAGGACAAAGAUAGACUGUCAAUGAUCAGUGUUUUGACCCAGACUUGGGGAGACCUCUUAAAUUGUUGACCCCAAUAAAACAGGUUGUGUUACUGCAAAAUUAGCUGGCCAGCUAAUGUUAAUGACCAUGGUAAGAUUUCGCUUUGCAUUCUUAUAGCUUGUUAGCUAUGGUCAGCCGGCAGCUCGUCUGUGGGCUCUUAUUAGUUUAAUCUACAAUUCAGUUCUAGCUAGCCAGCUAUCAACAAACCGGACGAACAUAAGACCCGGAUCAGUCAAAAUGAGACUUUUAAGGACACUGAUGAGCAACGUCUCCAUCGCAAAACACAUCGAUUAUUACUCCAGAUUCUCACCAUCACCCCUCUCAAUGAAACAGUUCUUGGAUUUCGGUUCUGAAAAUGCAUGUGAGAAAACAUCAUUCGUGUUUCUCAGACAAGAGUUGCCUGUAAGGCUGGCCAACAUAAUGAAGGAAAUUAGCUUGUUGCCUGACAAUUUGUUGAGGACCCCAUCGGUCAAGUUGGUCCAGAGUUGGUAUCUGCAAAGUCUUGAGGAAAUUAUCGAGUUCAAGGACAGAAACAUUAACGACGAGAAAGUCACAUAUGACUUCACUGAUGCUGUGAUCAGGAUUCGCAACCGACACAAUGACGUCAUCCCCACCAUGGCCCAGGGGGUGGUGGAAUACAAAGAGGCUUAUGGGACCGACCCCAUCGUGAGCCAGAACGUCCAGUAUUUCCUGGAUCGAUUCUACAUGAGCAGAAUAUCCAUCAGGAUGCUUCUUAACCAGCACACCCUGCUCUUUGGAGGGAACGUGAAGGUGAACCCAGCUCAUCCUAAACAGAUUGGGAGCAUUGACCCUCACUGCUGUGUCACUGAAGUGGUGAAGGACGCUUACCAGAACGCCAGAAACCUAUGCGACCGGUAUUACAUGAACUCCCCAGAGUUGAUGCUGGAGGAAUUUAAUGUGAAAGACGAUGGCAAGCCUGUAACUGUGGUGUACGUGCCCUCUCAUCUCUACCACAUGGUGUUCGAACUCUUCAAGAACGCCAUGAGAGCCACUAUGGAGAUGUAUGGAGAUGCUAUGGAAUAUCCUCCUGUCCUUGCCCAGGUCGCCCUGGGGUCUGAAGACCUGACCGUCAAGGUCAGCGAUCGAGGAGGAGGCGUCCCACUGCGGAAGAUCGACCGGCUGUUCACCUACACCUACUCCACCGCUCCCCGGCCCAGCAUGGAACCUUCCAGAGCCACCCCUCUGGCUGGUUUUGGUUACGGCCUGCCCAUCUCCCGGCUGUAUGCCAGGUACUUUCAAGGAGACCUAAAGCUGUACUCACUGGAGGGCUACGGCACCGAUGCCAUCAUUUAUAUCCGGGCAUUAUCCACGGAGUCCAUCGAGAGACUUCCUGUUUACAACAAGUCAGCGUGGAAGCACUACAAGACCCUCCAGGAGGCAGACGACUGGUGCGUGCCCAGCAAGGAGCCCAAAGACAUGACCACCUUCAGGAGCUUCUAGACCCAGAGGGCUGGAGGGCUGGUUUACACACAUCAGAUGUCAUGAAUGGUUUGGGGUUUCUGUUUGGAUUUUGUGUGGAUGAUGUUAUAGGCACUGAGGCGUUCUGUCAAUCCUUUGCCCCUCGUAGAAACAGUGUCUGAAGUUUCAGCUCCAAGUUGUUGCGCCAAGCUAAAUAAUGUGAAGAAUACACUUAGCUGAAUUGAAGAAUAUAAUUCUUUAACAGCUAGAAUAAGCACUUUUUUGGAUAUAUCAAAGUAUUAUAAUGUGUAUUAAAGCCAAGAAGGAACAUUUGUUUCCUGGUAGUUGUAUGAUAGGCAAGGACUGCUUAGUUUCAACUGUUGCUAAAGAAGUUUGUUUAUUCAGUACAAACGGAAAGCACAAGUAGAAUUAAUUGUUGUGGUUAUAAACACCGUUGCCAUGAUCAUACCUGUUGUAUUUUCUUUAGCAGAAAACAAGACAAUAACGUGUUAGGUAAUGUGACACAGUUUUUGAACAAUAAAGUGAUUGUUACAGAUUGAAAUGUUUGCUUUAGACACC